CGACAUUGCUUUUGGACACAGGAAGUACGUCACAUUCCUCUUCCGCCACGGCUCCGGCGCCUGAAACACGAGUGUUCAUCUUUUCCCUCUUUACCGGAGGAGUAGUGAAUAUUUCGAAGGGACUGGCAGCACCGAGGUGACAAAAAUGAAACCCAUCCUGCUCCAGGGCCACGAGAGGUCCAUCACUCAGAUCAAGUACAACAGGGAGGGAGACCUGCUCUUCUCCGUAGCAAAAGACACAGUAGCCAACGCGUGGUACUCAGUCAAUGGCGAGAGGCUUGGCACUUACAACGGCCACACUGGAGCGGUGUGGUGUGUCGACUGUGACUGGGACACCAAAAAUGUGUUGACAGGAUCGGCAGACAACAGCUGUCGACUGUGGGACUGUGAGACAGGUAAACAGUUGGCCCUGCUGCAGACCAGCUCGGCUGUCAGGACGUGUGGCUUCGACUUCAGCGGCAACAUCAUCAUGUUCUCCACAGACAAGCAGAUGGGCUACCAGUGCUAUCUCAACUUUUUUGACCUGAGGGACCCACAGCAGAUCGAGGACAACCAGCCCUACCUGUCAGUACCUUGCAGUGAGUCAAAGAUCACCAGUGCUGUGUGGGGACCUCUGGGAGAGUUUGUCAUCGCCGGCCACGAGAACGGAGAGAUCAACCAGUUCAGCGCCAAGUCGGGAGAGAUCCUGAAGAAGGCGAAGGAGCACACCAAGCAGAUCAACGACAUGCAGUCAUCAGUGGAUCUCACCAUGGUGAUCAGUGCCUCCAAGGACAACACCGCCAAGCUGUUUGACUCUACAUCUCUGGAACACAUCAAGACCUUCAAGACAGAGAGACCCGUCAACUCUGCUGCCAUCUCCCCCAUUAUGGAUCAUGUGGUGAUGGGAGGUGGACAGGAGGCCAUGGAGGUCACCACUACCUCCACCAGGAUCGGCAAGUUUGAGGCCAGGUUCUUCCAUGCUGCCUAUGAAGAGGAGUUUGGCAGGGUAAAGGGCCACUUCGGCCCCAUCAACUGUGUUGCAUUCCAUCCUGAUGGCAAGAGUUACAGCAGUGGAGGAGAGGAUGGAUACGUCAGGAUUCACUACUUUGACCCACAGUACUUUGACUUUGAGCUGGAAGCAUAAAUGGCCACAUGCCUCAACCACACAGCCACCACUGUACUCAGUGACUCAGUCCACACUUGGAAGACAAAAUCGGGGAAGGAAAGAAUACCAGGGUGCAUCUACAGUCAGCAUUGACCUCCUCUCCUUCUGUUCAUCAGAAGUCAGUGUGCAGAUGGCUUCCACAGACUGCUCAUCUCCUGUGUGUAGCCCUUGUAGAUCAGUGCAAACAGAGGUUUUUGAAUGACAAGAUGAUGAAGAAUGAAGAGUUGCUAUAACAUUCAUUCUAACAUCACUAGAAAAUAGCAUCUUGUUUCAGUUUGUUUGGUGGGCUCAGAGGUAUUUAGGUUUCCAUUUUGUACCUUUGGAUCUACAGUGCCAAUGAGACUGGACUUACACCCCCACUUUCCAAUUCCUGACUAUUUAAUAUGAUUCUCCAAAUUAAUGGAAUUUUGAAUUAGUUUUCUGUUGUCAGCCAUUUUACCACCACUUAACAAUAAAUGACUAUAUACACAA